AUUUGUUUGUUUUUCUUUCGCUGCGAUCAUGGAAAAGUUAAACAGACGAAACCAAAUCGAGAGUUUAUCCUCGGAGCAGUUGGCACAAGAGCUAAUCAAAAAUGGUUACGCAUUUUCGUAUCAAGCUGUUAUCGACAAUAAUAUCACGGGUAAAAAACUGCUGAAUAUGACUUGGUCAGAGAAAGAAAAUUUGCAUUCAACGAUGAGCAUGAUUCAGUUGACGAAGUUUUGGCUAUUUGUGAUAAGCAUCCAAAACAAUCCGACGAACUUCCAUAAAUUGAAUAAUUUACAGCAAAUCAACAAUGAGGUCAUACAAAAAGUAACAGAAUUUCCAAAGAAAAUAUCUGAUGUAGAUUUGAUCCGUCCACGAAUUGCGGAUUUAAAUGUACUGGUGGUGUCCAGGGACGAAGGUGAAAAUCUCUUAAAGCGGUACGAACCUGGAAGCUUUUUCUUUAGAAAAAGUACUAAGUUUCAUUGCGUGGUCAUGGUAAAAAUAGAUGAGAAAAAGAUUGCCCACAUACCGGUGUUGAAAGAUGACGUUGGCAUACGUUUAUUUGUGUUCAACGGGUCUGCAUAUUUUGAUAAUUUAAAUGAUAUGAUAAUGUACUACCAAAUGCGUCACAUGGUUAUUAAAGGUGAAACAGUACGGUUAAAACAUUUUCUCAAAAAGUUAUAGCAAUCAUGUAAAUAUAUUAAUUAUUAAAAUGUUUAAUUAAAUUGUCCGUGAUUAUUAGGUUAAACUCAUUUUGCUCCUAAUUCAAUUUUACACGUCCCGCGAAUACAUUACGUAUUUGUUGUAAAUACGGUGCUUGUAGAUGAUAGAAUCAGUAGAUCGGGACUUUC